AUGGCAGCCAAGAAGGCCUCGACCGAAGCGAAGUACCAGUCGUCUGACAAGACCGACAUGGCACCCGCUGCCUCCAUCAAGGGCGGAAUCGUCACGAAUGACUUGGAGAGCGCCGAGGCCCAUGAGGUUUUCAAGACCGGCGUGGACGGUGUCGAGUUUAGGACAGUGAGUUGGCAGCGGGCCACUAUCGUCUUCUGCAAGAUCAACUUUGCCAUGAGCAUCCUCGCCAUUCCCGAGGCAUUUGCCACACUUGGCUCAGUCGGUGGCUCUUUCUCCCUCAUUGGCUUCACCUCUCUCAACGUCUACACCGGCCUUAUCCUUGGCGACUUCCACAACAGACACCCAGAAUGCCACAUGCUGGCUGAUAUGAUGGGCCUUAUCUGGGGCAAGAUUGGUCGCGAGCUCGUUGGUGUUCAAAUAAUCAUUGCUCAAGUCCUCAUAUCGGCAGGCGGCAUCGUCACAACGGCCGUCGGCCUGAACGCCCUGUCCAACCACUCACAAUGCACGGUCGUGUUUGCUCUGUUGGCAGCCAUUCUCAUCACAGCCUGCUCGUCCAUUCGUACCUUUUCAAAGCUCGGUUGGCUCACAUGGUUCGGCAUGAUUACCUUCGUUCUCGGCGUCUUCGUCUUCACAAUCGCUAUCACCCAGCAAGACCGGCCUGCAGCAGCCCCCCCGACUGGCGACUUCGACCUUGGCUGGACCGCCAUUUCAUACCCUACUUUCGUCGUAGGCAUGGUUAGCGCCGCGAACCUCUUCAUCUGCACAAGUGGCUCGUCAAUGUUCCUUCCCGUCAUCUCUGAAAUGCGCCGGCCACAGGACUACCGCAAGGCCUGCCUUUGGGCUGGUUUCAUCGUCGAUACCUUAUAUCUCGCCCUAAGUCUGGUUAUCUACAGAUAUUGCGGGAAGUGGCUGUCUGUCCCCGCUUUUGGCAGCGCCGGGCCUCUCUUCAAGAAGAUCUCUUACGGUAUCUCGCUUCCAGGCCUAAUCUACGCUUUUGUCCGCCUGCUCCGAGACUCGCAUCAUCUCCAGAAGCACACCGUCGUUCACUGGGGUACAUGGCUCGGUGUGAACUUGGCUCUUGGAGUUGCGGCUUUCAUCGUGGCUGAGGCCGAGCCUAUCCUGAGCUACCUACUCGGCUUGGCUGGUGCCUUCUGUUUCGCCCCUUUCAGUCUGAUCUUCCCCUGUCUUCUUUGGAUGUACGAUUCCAAGGGUUACAGAACUGGGUCGAAGGCCAAGUAUGCCGUCCACGCUCUCAUCGUCUCCCUUGGUCUGUUCAUGGUCGUUGGGACAGCCUAUGCGGUUGUUGUUGCUACAAAGGAUGCCUUCGCAACUGGCAUGAUUGCACGCGUCUUUGACUGUGCCGCUAACUCUGGAUCCAGCUGAAUGCGGAGCUCCAGCACUGUAAACGAUGCCUGGCAGUCGGUGAAGAUUAGUUCAUUGUCAGUUUAUUAGGGUCAGCUACUCCAGGAUAGAGGGUUGGGGAUUAGUUCUUCAAGUUCGAAGCCGGUUUUCUUCAGUUUUGCAAAAGCAAGUGAGACAUUGAUUCAGAAUGUUCCUCCUCGGUCGGAGUGUGCACUGGUGGAGAGUGUGUGCAACUAUCUAGAAAAUAACAUUUCUA